AGAUGUCGCUCUACUUCAACGUGUGUCAGUUCCUGGAUUUUGCACCACAAACGGUUUAUGGCCGAUCUGCAGUUUUUAGAAACACAAUCUGAUUAAAAACUGUCUUCAGCAGUAUUUCUGCACUGAUACUGAAGUGACUGACCCUGGAGGUGCAGCAGAAGUGAUCGUCCCGACCUCGUCACGUCACGCGGAUCUCAAGACACAAUGGCGGCGCUCAAAACGUCCAGCAAGAGACCGUAUCACCUCAUAGUUUUCGGGGCGAGCGGCUUCACCGGACAGUUCGUAGUGGAGGAGGUCGCACGGACCAUUGAAGAGGGUCCAGGAGGGACUUUACAGUGGGCUGUAGCGGGACGAAGUCGACACCGACUGGAGAAAACCCUCAGUCAGGCAGCUGACGCUCUGAGUAAACCCGAACUGAAGUCUGUGGAGGUUAUUGUAGCAGAUGUAGCCGAGGCAGAGUCACUGGCCAUCAUGUGCAAACAAGCUGUCAUUGUGCUCAACUGUGUGGGACCAUAUCGCUUCUACGGGGAGCCGGUGGUGAAGGCCUGUAUUGAGAAUGGGGCUCACUGCAUUGACAUCUGUGGAGAACCGCAGUUUUUAGAGGGGAUACAACUGAUGUACCACAGUAAAGCUGAGAAGAACGGUGUGUAUGUCAUUGGAAGCUGUGGGUUUGAUUCAAUACCUGCAGACAUGGGCAUCAUUUAUACACAGAAUCACUUCAAAGGAACUCUCACCGCUGUGGAGAGCUUUUUAACCAUCAGCACUGGACCCGAGGGAGGAUGUGCCCAUGAUGCAACAUGGCAGUCGGCCAUCUUUGGCUUUGCUGACAGUGGCAACCUCAGAAGAAUAAGGAAGAAGUUUGGGCAUAAACCUCUGCCAGCUGUCGGCGCUCGCAUUAAAAAGAGGGGAGCUGUAUUCUUCAGUAAGGAGAUUGAGCAGUAUGCCAUCCCUUUCAUGGGCUCAGAUCCGUCUGUGGUGCGACGGACCCAGCGCUUCAUGCAUGAGGAACAAAAACACAGUCCUGUUCAGUACAUGGCAUACGUGGGUAUUGGUGGGCUUUUUUCUGUGGUGAAGACCCUCUUUGCAGGCAUCAUGUUCUGGUUAAUGGUCAAAUUUAGUCUCGGCAGAGGAUUGCUGACUCAGUUUCCAGAAUUUUUCUCCUUUGGUUUGUUCUCCAAGAGUGGACCAUCAAAAAAGCAGAUGGAUGGGACCUCCUUCUGUAUGAGGUUUUGGGGGGAGGGCUACAGUACAGGACAGGACCCCUCUCAGGGCAAGCCAAAUUCCACAAUAAGCACCGAAGUAACAGGACCAGAGCCAGGAUACAUCGCAACACCGAUUGCCAUGGUGCAGGCUGCUAUUACACUGCUGAAUGAACCACACUGUCUCCCUAACAAAGGUGGUGUGUUCACUCCAGGCUCAGUGUUUGCAAGAAGCACCCUAAUUGAGCGUCUCAACAAACAUGGCAUCCGGUUUUCAAUCAAGAACCCACAGUAAAUAAUCAUGAGUACUCAGAUUCACUCAGCACAGCUUAUGGCCGGUGUAUAAUGAACCAAAAUAAUUUAGUCAAUGUGUGUUGUAGGCAUGCUGUUUGUGUCACACUUUAAAUGCUUCAAUGAUGUUGUAUUAAAUAAACAUGAGGAGAAAUUGGU